CGAUAUUUCUGCGCGAUGCUUCGAUGUUUUCUUAAUAAAGGAUACACGCUUGAACGCAUCAGCCAUGCAUUCUGCAAACUACUACUCGAUUCACUGUCCUUGAAGGUAACACGGUUGAACGGAAGCAGAUCAUGCCGAGGACCCAAUCUCUGUCUGUCAGGAGGAUAUAAUGACUCCAGUAUGGCGGGGGGAUACACUCAGUCGCCUGGCGGCUUUGCGUCGCCUUCCUUGUCCCAGGGAGGAGAGAAGAAAGGGAGAACCAGAGCUACACAGAUCAUCCCUUGCACCGUGUCCCAGCUGAUGUCCGCCACUCAGUCAGAUGAGGCCUUCAGAGUCGGGGAGGUGGAAGUGGCUCAAGUCACCAUCGUAGGAAUCAUCAGGAGUACAGACAAAUCCAUGACCAACAUCCAGUACAAGGUGGACGACAUGACGUCAGCCCCGAUGGAUGUGAAGCAGUGGGUGGACACAGAGGACCCUAAUGUGGAUGGCGGUGUGUUGCCUCCAGGCACUUACGUCAAAAUUUCUGGGAACAUGCGUUCCUUUCAGAAUAACCGAUCUGUGGUGGCGUUCAGCGUCAGACCCCUGGAGGACAUGAAUGAGAUCACGUCACACAUGCUGGAGGUAGUCCAGGCACACAUGGCGCUCAGCAAGACUCAGUCCUCGGACCCGUCUAAACAGAGCGGCCUGGGCUCGGUGAGGCCUGCAGGAAACCUGGCCGCCAACAUUGACCUGGGCUACGCCGGUGCACGCGACACUGCUAACAACGGCCUAAGUGCAAAUCAGAACCAGGUGCUGAGUUUGAUAAGAGGAUGUCCAGACCCACGAGGCAUCAGCAUUCAGGACCUGAAGAUGAGACUGGGCAACCUCAGCCUAGUGGUCAUCAAGCAGGUUGUGGAGUUCCUCAGCAACGAAGGCCACAUCUUUUCCACCAUCGACGAAGACCACUUCAAGUCGACAGACUGCGACGAGUAGAGGCCUCGUCUCCUUCAAGACACUUAGUUUUCAUCAUUGUACAUUUUUUUUUUUUAAGAAAAGACCAUUUGCGUCCUUGUACCUGGAAAUAAAUAUUAUGUUGUCUACUCUCAA